CAUCCUUCUAAUAUCUCAUUUGGCUAUCUGAAAAAGAAUCACUAAUUGUUGUUGUUCCAUAAUGGCAGAGGCAUUUCUUCAACUCCUUCUUGACAAUCUGACCUCUCUUAUCAAGGAGGAGAUUGGACUGAUCUUGGGUGUCGACGAUGAGAUGAAGAAGCUCUGCAGCACUCUCACCAUCAUUCAAGCUGUAUUGGAGGAUGCUGAAGACAAGCAAAUCGAGAGCAAGCCAAUUCGGGACUGGCUGCAAAAGCUCACAGUACUUGCUUAUGAGAUUGAUGACAUUUUGGAUGAGUGCAACACUCAUGUCUCCAAACUCAACCAAUCUCGUUCAAAACUCAGUCGCUACGGCCUCAAAAAAGUUCUGUAUCGCCACAACAUUGCAAGGAUGAUGAAGCAAGUCAACGAGAAAGUGGAGGUUGUUGCUGCGGAACGUGCUAAGUUUCAUCUGCGCGAUAUGCCUGUUGAUAGGCCGAGAGAAGUUGCUCUUUCCUCACGCGAGACAGCUUCCCUAUUGAACCAGUCUAAUAAGAUUCAAGGCAGGGAAGAAGAUAAAGACAAGAUUGUGAAGAUGCUAGUGAAUGAUGUGAAGGAGGAGCAGAAGAUGUCCGUGUUGCCAAUCAUCGGCGUUGGCGGCCUUGGGAAGACCACUCUCGCUCGACUAGUCUUCAACGAUCCGCAGGUGGAAGAGCACUUCGAUCUAAGGAUUUGGGUUUGUGUCUCAGAUAAUUUUGAGAUGAAGACUUUGGUGAAGGCCAUGAUUGAAUCUGCCACGGGGAGCGGAAAAGCUUCGGAUCUGCAGUACUUGGAUGCUGCAGAGCGUCACCUUUGGGAAUUGUUGAGCAAAAAAAGAUAUUUGAUUGUUUUAGAUGACGUCUGGAACGACCACCAGGAUAAAUGGUUUGAGUUGAGAGACGUUCUAUCAUGUGGCUUAGCCGGCUCAUCUGUCGUCGUCACCACACGCCAGAAGAAGGUUGCUGAUAUAAUGACAACACUUCCAUGUUACUGCCUUGAGGGGCUGUCGGAUGAGCAUUGCUGGGAACUGCUGCUGCAUCGCGCCUUCGGUCCGGGAGAAGAGGUGUCCCCACAGCUAGAGAUAAUUGGGAAACAGAUCGUGAAGAAAUGUGUUGGAGUGCCCCUGGCUGCUACAACUCUUGGAGGAAUCUUACGGUUUAAAAGGAGGGCAGAGGAAUGGAUAUAUGUGAGAGAUAGUGAGAUAUGGAAGUUGUCGAUGGAAGAGAGUUUGAUAAUGCCCGCUUUGAGAUUGAGUUAUCAUCAUCUUCCGUUGGAGCUCAGACAAUGCUUUGCUUAUUUUGCAGCGUUUCCUAAGGACCAUUGCCAUAGAAAGGAAGAAUUGAUCCUUCUAUGGAUGGCUCAUGGCUACAUUUCAUCAAAGGGGACUCUACAAGUGGAAGAUGUUGGAAAUCAAAUAUGUAAUGAGUUACUACUCAGAUCUCUUCUACAAGUAGAUAAGUAUGAAAAUAUCAGUAUGCAUGAUCUCGUUCAUGAUCUGGCAGAGUCAAUAAUGGAGAACAAAGUUCCUGGAGUACAAAGUGAAAGAAAUCUAGGAAGUGCAUCAACUAUCCGCGAGGUACAUUUGCUACACAAAACUCUUGUGUUUCCUAAAUCUUUUCAGCAAGAUAUGAACAUCACUUCCAUCUUAGAGUUCACAAGUUUAAGAGUGUUAAAUGCCCCUCGUAACAUAGUAAAAGAUUUGCCUUCUUCCAUUGGAAAUCUUAAACAUUUGCGAUCCUUGAAUUUGUCUCUAUCUAAAUUUCGCACUCUCCCGGGCUCGUUGUGUACUCUUUGGAAUUUGCAAAUCCUCUACUUGCACUACUGUGAUAGACUUGUGGCUUUACCUAAGAAGUUCACAUCUCUACGUAAUCUCCAACAUCUAGGUUUGUAUGGCUGCAACUCGUUGUGUGAGAUGCCAUCUAAAAUGAGAGAGUUAAAUGGCCUAAAAACGUUGAGUAUGUUUGUUGUUGGUCUCAAGAGAGAUAACCAACUUGGGGAACUGGAAUGCUUGAACCUCGGUGGAAGUCUUGAGAUUAGGCAUCUGGAGAGAGUAAAAGACCAUAUGGAUGCUAAGAGAGCAAAGAUUGCAGAGAAAAACAAUCUUCAUGAGUUGAGGUUGUCGUGGGAAAGAAAUGAUUUGUACAAGGAUGAAGUUGAUGAAAUGGUGUUGGAAGCACUUGAACCUCACCCCAAUCUUGAAUCUCUUUAUAUAAAAGGCUUCAGUGGUAGAUAUCUUCCACGUUGGAUGAAAAAUUCAACGCAGAGGAAAAUAGUUCAUAUAGAGAUAAGUGAUUGCAAAAAUAUUAGGCGUUUUCCAAAACUGGGAGCGUUUUCCAAAACUGGGAGAGUUACCUCAUCUUAGGAGGCUGUAUUUAAAGAAUGUUGGGGUGGAGUAUAUUAUUGAAGAAGAAGAAUUUGGGAGUGGUCACCCAGUAAAGAUACUGUUCGUGGCUUUGAAACAACUGGUUUUAACUGAUCUCCCGAAUCUUAAGGGACUCUCAAAGGAGCAACAGAGUAGUAAAGAAGCAUUCCCAAAUCUUGAAAUCCUUAAAUAUCCAGCGUUGUUCUUCAUUAGUAUUGCCAUCACUCUCGUCCCUCGGAAAGUUGACGCAACUAGCAUGUAGAAGCACAGAUUUGGCUUUAUUAUCUGAGCACGACAUUCCUAGUGAUCUGUCAAUCGAAGUUGAAGAGAAC